GUUAAGUCAUUCAGUUUGUUGUCUCCAUUAUUUACGUUUGUGCUCUAAAUACUUAAUUAAAUGAAUUAUUUCACAAUGAGUGAUUUGUACAGUUAGUUGGUGUUAAUUAAUCGUGGCAGUUUUGAGGUUAUGACUAUUUUUAAACAAUGGAUCAGCAAAAAUCAGAGAUUAGCGAUAAGUUAAGCCAACUUAAAGUGCAAGAAAUGGGGCACCCACUUCAAGGGAACAAUAAUGAAGAUUGUGAGACCGCUGAGGAGGCUAUCACGACUGAUUCUGAAGACUACCUAUCAGAACCUUUAAGAUAUCGCAACUUCCAAUAUUCCACCACGACUUCCAAUGAUUCCAAUUCAACACUAGUUGAAGAAAAUUCGAUUCCUGAAGAAAACGCCAAUUUUUUCUCAUACAACGGAGACAAUCUCAACAAUAUACAAAUUCCGAUAGUUGGGUAUGAGAUUAUGGAAGAAAGAGCGCGUUUUACGGUUUACAAAUUGCGCAUUGAAAAUAAAGUGAGUGGCGAUUGCUGGUACGUUUUCCGGCGUUACACCGACUUUGUAAGGCUGUGCAAUAGAAUACGCAAUUCCCACACCCACAUUGUCCAGCUCCUCCCCCGAAAAAGGUGGUUGAAGAACAAUUUCGAUCCCUUAUUUCUUGAAGAAAGAGUCAGCGGUUUGCAAACUCUGGUUAACGCAAUACUUGCUGAACCGUCACUUAUUACAUCACAGGAAAUACAGGAUUUUUUCUGUCUGAAUGAACCGCCGAUUUAUUCCGAAACGAAUGAGGAGUCAAGAGCAAUGUUUGAAGCUCUAGAGGAGACAAUCAAUGAUUUGAAGGUGCAAUUGAGGGAAAAAGACGCAAUUAUUGACUCGUUGCAAGAUUCGUUGCAUUCAAAGACGUUAGAGGCCGAUAAUUUACUAAAAAUUAUUAAGAAUUCGGUGAUGAACUGCCAGAAGUGUCAAAAGGAGUGCGAAAAUUUUACCAAACUCAUUAAAUGACGAAGGGUUUUAUUUAUUUAUCGUAUUAUAUUAACGCACCAUCACAGUGUAUUAUUAAAUCAAUUAAGUUAACUAAUGUGCAGCUUUUAUAAAUAAAUAUAUAACGUAAUGUU